UGUUUACAAAAAAGCGCAUUCGUAAAUAAUUCUCUGCUAGAUACACGAAAAAGGUACCCGAUUUCCCUCAUUAACGAUGCCAAACUGGUACUACGACAAAAAGGACCUACGGAACACACCUUCGGCGAGGGAUGGCGUCGAUUACGAAACCGAACGGCGGUACCGCAGAGAGGGCGCCCGAUUCAUCAUGGAAGCCGGCGCCUCGAUGAGCUUAGGGCACAACACGGUGGCCACGGGUGUUGUUUACUUCCAUCGGUUCUACAUGUUUCACUCGUUCCGAACGUUCCCACGCUUCGUCACGGCCAGCUGCUGCCUGUUCCUAGCCGGCAAGGUCGAGGAGACGCCAAAGAAGUGUAAGGACAUCAUCAAAACAGCCCGCGGACUGCUGUCGGACGAGAAGUUCCAGUCGUUCGGUGAUGAUCCAAAGGAAGAAGUGAUGACUCUGGAGCGCAUCCUGCUCCAAACGAUCAAGUUCGAUCUGCAGGUAGAGCAUCCGUACUCGUUCCUGGUAAAGUACGCCAAAUGUCUGAAGGGCGACUCGGCCAAGCUGCAGAAAAUGGUCCAGAUGGCGUGGAACUUUGUGAACGAUUCGCUCAGCACGACCGUGUCGAUCCAGUGGGAGCCGGAAAUCAUUGCCGUAGCGUUGAUCUAUUUGGCCAGCAAGCUCAGCAAGUUCACGGUCGUCGACUGGGUGGGCAAGAAGCCGGAGCACCUGAAAUGGUGGGACAUGUUCGUGCAGGACGUGACGAUGGAAAUACUGGAAGAGAUAUGCCACCAGGUGCUGGAUCUGUACCAGCCCUCCCAGGCGGAAAGUGCACCGUCCAAGAGUCCUCCCCAGCUACCGCCCAGCAAAGCAUCGCCCCCGAUGAAGCGAGCGAAUAUUUCGCCCAUCACCAGCAAAAACUCUCCCAACAUUGCAGUCAAGACCCCGCUACCGCCUAUGCCUCCAACGGAAGUGGUAGAAGCAAAUCCCAUCCCCAAGCAUAUCACGACAGAUAAUCCACACUAUCCGUAUCCGCCAUAUCCGAUGCCGCCGAUGCCACCCCAAGCACACGGACCUCCGCCACCCUACGUAACGAUGCCUCCAGUGAUGCCACCCCAACCGCCCGCUGGCUGGACACACUAUUCACACCCGAACGCCAACAAAUACUACCCCCCGGGGCCACCGCCGGGCCGGAAUCCUUACUAUCCACCUCAGUAGCAGUGUGUCGCUAGCAUAAGGGGAGGG